GUCAUAUUCUAAUCGUUAAAUAUCUCUAAAAAAUGUCAGUUGAAACAUGGUGAGAAAAAAAAGAAUACAUGUGAAAUUUGCUCACAUAAUUGGAAUGUUUUACUUUUACCAGCAUAUUGAAUGAUCUUUUUAGUUCAGAUUGUCUUUCGAAAAAAAACAACAAAAUCUUUCUUUUAAAAAACAACUUUAAAUUUAAUGACGAUCCAUAAUAUAAUUCUGUGGGACGUAACGUUUGAGAAGAAUAUAUCCGGGUGUCACCUACCUACAGGGAUGCUCGAUUUGGCUUGUGAUGUCUUCUCUGAGUGCUUGCCAUAAAUGAACGGUGGUUUCCCGGUGCAGAAUGUUACCUGGGUUGCUGAGUGUCGUUUGGGCGCUUGCUGCCGUGGCAGGAUGUUCGGCGACAGAACCUCGCGCGUUCGCCUGCCCGGAGAUCAACGCCACCCUUCGCUGCGUCUGCCAGGGCAGCCGCGCCACCUGCAACGGCCUCGGCGCCUCCUCUCUCGGCUUCGUUGCGUCUUCCGCUCGGGCCAUUCGAUCUCUUCUCGCCUCCCACAACGACCUGCGGGAGCUGCCCGCGGACUUCCUGCCCAACGCUACCAACCUGCAAGAGCUUACGCUCAGCUACAAUAAGAUCGCCAGCAUCGAUGCGCACUUUUUUGAAUCUCUGCCAUCUCUGGCUAUUUUGGACCUCUCCCACAACUAUCUUGUAGAGUUCUACCUGCCACGAUAUGGGCUUCCGAACUUGGAAAUUCUCAAUCUGACGAACAAUCUCUUGUCUCAGUUGAGAUUUGAUGCGCAAAGACCGGUAAAAAAAGCACGGGCAGAUAUAAAUCGAAACAAUAUGUGCGGAGUUACUAUAAAUGAUGCUCUUUCAGGAGAAGGAUUAGAACAAUUGUAUCUUUCGCACAAUAAAAUUGGAAAUAAUUUGAGUUUUUUACGCAAUUUUACCAAAUUAACAAUAUUGACCUUAGGAUUUAACAACAUAUCCAAGAUAGAUCUAAGUCGAUUCCCCUGUGAUGAAAAACUUAGGUGCUUGGAUCUCAACAAUAACUUACUGAGUGAUUUGAACUUCUUGAAAUGUACUGAAUAUAUGGAUACAUUAAAUGUAUCGAGUAAUCUAAUUUCGGAAAUUCCAGAAAACGCAUUCAUAAAUUUGACAAUUCUUCGGUGUUUGGAUAUUGCAAAUAAUAGAAUUGAAAAUCCAAGAUUUUUACAUAACAUUAACCGAAAUACCAUGUCUUUCAUAAACUUAUCACGUAACAAGUUGUCUACUAUACCUGCUAGAAGCAUGAUAAAUAUGUCGGAAUUAAAAUACGUUGAUGUUUCCUUUAAUGAACUGUCUGAUAUAUCAUUUGCUAACGAUAUUAAACCAUUAGAAAACCUUUUUGCUGGUAACAACAAAAUUUCCAAAGUAUUUUUGAAAAUUCACAGAAAUGCAAUAAAAACCCUCAACUUGAAUAAUAAUUUAGUCACAAACAUUGACUUUUUGAAACACUUACCUAAUAUUACUCGUCUCGAUUUGAAUAAUAACACAAUAAACGAAAUUAAACCUGAUGCCAUGUCGCUACUGAAAAAAUUAGAAAAACUAGAUCUAUCCAAUAAUAGGAUUAGCAAUGUAAAUUUUGUUAAUGAAGUACCUGACCUUCGUUUCCUUAAGCUGUCUAACAACUAUAUAACACAACUUCCAUGCAAUAGAGUCGUGCAGACCAUAUAUUUGGAUGGAAAUGACAUAAUGAACUUUCAGUUGAGUUGUGCUCCCAAUCUUCGCUACCUUUACAUGCAUGGCGGCAUCUUCAAAGACAGGAAGGAACAAGAGUUACGAAUAUCCAAAGAAGUAGAAUUAGGUAUUAAAAACAACACAUUUAUUUUCCCUUGUUUCCCAAAUCUAGAAGUCAUAUUAAAAUGCAAAAAACAUUUCAGUCAAACGGAAGCUGAUGAAAUUUUGUGUGAAUCGCAUGGAACAAUCUUUGGCAAUCCUAUCACUAUUGUAAUAUAUUGUAUUACAGGAAUACUGCUUUCUCUUGUCGUCUUUUUAAUUGUUGCAAAAUGUUAUCGUCGGCUGCAAAGAAGAGUUGAUAACAACAGAGAGUGUUUGUGUGGAAAAGGAGAACGUGUACAUAGGCAUCAACUUUUCGGAGGCAACGAGUUGUGUUGCUAACUACAGUUUUUUUUGAACUUGUAUUUUGCUGCCUGUAAUGUGAGGAUAGUGAACGUGAAGUACAAUUUAGUUUCCGAAAAAGGUUAUUCGACGUUUGAAGAAACGGUAACUAUAAGGGGAAGAAGUGAUGUUUAUCUAUUAAUAUAACAUGAUGGUAAAAAGUAUGUUUACCCAAAUUGUUCAACAUUAUUAAGGGAUUGAUCGAAUUUUUUUCUUUGCUUCAAGAACUUCUGUAACAUUAAAAUAUUCUUCUAAUGAAAGUCGAACAAAUUUUUUCAUUGAUUUAUGUCUUCUGAAGGUAUUUUUCUGUGAAAUUACUGAUCUCAUGCACUUUGCUGUACAAAAAUAUACAAGACGAAGUAGACAGAGAGGUAGUUUCAAAAAUUUUUAGAACGGAGUUUAUAGGUCACUAUUAUAGCGUACAAAUUAUUACAUGCCAAAAUAAUUUCUAAAAUCAUUUAGUGAAACAAAAUUGUUUUGUUUUGCUUUAGUAGGAGACGUCAAUACUUUGAAAUAUAUGUGACCAAGAAGGUUUAAAUUCUAUUUUCUAUGUUCGAGAUUUGAAGAAAAUGAAUUUAGCACAAAUAUAGACUUUAUACAAAAUAUGAUUAAUAUAUUUAUCGUGGUGUCAAUUAUGAUGUAUAUUUAUUCUGUCUUAGUUUAUUAUAUUUUCUAUAUGACGUAUUCUUACUUUACGAACAACAGUAUUCAUUUUUAUUGCUAAUUUUCAUGAGAUUCUUUGCUAGUAUCUUUCUAGUCUUCCUCUGAAAUAAUUCUUACAGGAAUAAUUUAUCAACGACAAUUUAUUCUCUCCGGUGAUAUUUCAUUCAAUCUAUCUUUGACACUAUGAUAACAUGCGAUCAUAAAAUCCAGAACGAAAUUCAACUUGUUUUAGAAUAAAAAAUAAUUUUGGAACAUUAGGGUUAUUUAACCAUUUGUUAUGGGAAACUAAACGUUAUAGAACAUAAUGCUCCGUUCAAGCCGACCGUUUGAAUUUUUUAUAUAAAUAUGCUAUUUAAUGAACAGAUUUGAAUAUUUUCUGGAGAAUAUAAAUGAAUUAUAAACUAGAAAUUGGAAAAUGUAAAAUGUGAGAAUGAAUGGUGAAAACAACAUCAACAAAAAAAAUAUAUUAUGUAUAUUUUAUGUAAUUCCAAUGCUAGGAAUAAGGUUUCACCACUGCUGCGUUAUAUUUUCUUAUAUGAUACAAGUGAUGAAAGUGAUAUUUUAUUUUGCGAGUAGGAAAUGUUGCGAUCAGAGAACGAUAGGGCGAGUUACGAAAUCCUAUGCGUAAAAUAAAGUCGCUUUUACCAUGUGUGUGUCAUACAUUACAUUUUAGACAGCCUUACUAUUUUUAUGUUCAAGUGUAUAAAUAACUUAACGAUACGUUAAGACUCUUAGUACUGAUGCAGUCAGACGAAACUAUUUUGUUUCCUUUGCUGCAUUCACAAAUUUACAAGAACAUUUGAGCUCUCACUUUUGGCGCUAGUGCUAAAAAUUGAACUGUAAGCACGAAACGCGGGCUUCGAAAGAACCGCUUUUAAUAGUGGCUGUCUAAAAUACCAAAAAAAAAGGUUAUAUUGUGAGUGGUCGGGCUUACACAUUUUAAUUGAAAACACUUAUAAUUGGAAAUUCUGGAAAUUUAUUUGAUAUCGUUUUGAUAAACACCAAUUUCUUAUCUGGGACUGGCGGUUUUAAUGCACAUGUAUUAUAAAUAUGCAAUAUUUUAAGGUACAAAACUUAGUUUGUAAAGGCGUUAACCUAGAGUGUAAGCGCAAAACUUAGUCACCUUUUUAAAAGUAUUUUAAUUAAAACACUUGUGCAGCACAUUUUAAAAGAAAACAUUCCCUCUCGUGAUGCUUUUUUAAAAGUCUUAAGUUAAAUUUUUAUUUGUAAAUAUUAAUAUACAUUGGCAGCAUAUAUGUACAUAUCAGUAUUAAAGUAUACUGAAUUUUCUGCUUUAAAAAGUGUAAAUUUUUUGUCACAACUUGUACAUUUUACUUUAUAAUGUAUAUUUUUAAAUAUUGUUUUUUUUUAAAUAAAUGUCAAGAGUAAAGUCAGCCUACGACUACUUGAAGAUAACGGCAUUCAUCGUGGUAGUCACCUCCAUUUGGGCAGCUAUGACGGCAACUGCUGAAGGCAUUGACUGGUGCAUCCUUGUUUCGACGAACGAAAUCGAAGUGGCGAACGUGAAAGAACUCGUGCAUUUGACGAAGUUAGAAAAGCUCGAUUUGUCUUUAAACCAACUCGAGGAACUGGACCUAUCAGAAGGAACAUUGUUGUAUCUCUGGAGUUUAAAUGCUUCUUUCAAUAAACUGAGAAGAUUUGAGUCUCAACCUUUACGUUUAACCCAUUUGACUCUCCAAGAAAAUAUGCUUUCAGAUGUGUGUUUCGUGUCGCGUUUUCGGUCAUUGAGGUAUUUAAAUCUAUCAUUUAAUAGAAUUACUUAUAUCCCUGAUGACGUAUUCCAGAAUUUAACUGACUUGUACUUUCUUGACCUAAAGAAUAAUCAAAUAACAAACGCAGAUUUCGUUCUGUUGACUACGAAAGUAUUGCACACCCUUGUACUUAGUAACAACAGAAUAUCGAAAUUGCCGGUUAAAUCAUUCAGAUAUUCGAAAAUAGUCGAAUUGUACCUUGAUAACAAUACUCUUACAAAUGUCGACUUUUUAAUAUAUUCAAAUGCUGCUGAGAUAAAUUUAAAUGACAACCAGUUAUCAACUUUAAAUGGCAAAUUGUUUGAAAACAAAAAUAAAUUAAAAGUUCUUAAUGUAUCGGGCAUGAAAUUAACUUCUGUGGACUUUAUCACAAGUAUUCCAUCUUUGAUUAGCGUCGGCAUGGAGAGUAACAACGUUUCAUGUCUGCCAAAAGGGUUUCUGAAAAAUUACAAAACUCUCAAAGAGUGGUUCUUACUUGACAAUCCACUGGAAGAUCUGAUUUGCCCAAUGUCCUCUGAAUGGACCGUUCAAGAAAUGUGUAAUAUCAGCGCGUCUGACAAUAAAGUACAAAUUCUCAUGAAAGAUGUAAAUAUAAAUGACAUAAUGCGCUGCGUAUUAGACCGUAGAAAUAUUUUUGAAGACUGUGAACAGAAAUGUAAUUUUGCUAGUCAUACAUUAUUUCCACCGUUGCUCAUUUUUGUAUCCACAUUGUUCAAUGUUAUAUAA